UGGACAAUUUAUACUGUGAAAAACACAUACACACAAUAAUAGCUCUCUCUGAUUAAGUUGUCACUCACGCACAGAAACACAGAAAGAAGAUGAUGGCGAACAAAUUGCAAGGGGCAAUUGUUAGCUGCCAUUCCAGAACAAGGCAGUUGUCGAUAGAUGAGAAAGGGCGCGCCAUCUCCGCUGUGCUCACUACUCAUCAGGAACCCUUUAAGACUAAGGUUCCUGAGUUGACAAUUAGCCAUGUGCCCCCACCUACACCCUCCAUCAAGAACAAAGACUUCAUCAUCCCCUCCACCACUAGUGGAAAGUUUGGUAGGUUUGGUGGCAAGUUUGUACCUGAGACACUUGUAGCUUCUUUGACCCAGCUCGAAGCAGAGUUCAAAAACGCCCUCCGUGAUCAUGCUUUUCAGGCAGAGCUAGCGGAGGCAUUAAGAGACUAUGCGGGGAGAGAGACACCUCUGUAUCAUGCAAAGCGAUUGUCGGAGUAUUACAAGAGCGUGAAUAAUGGGAAGGGGCCUGACAUAUACUUAAAGAGAGAGGAUCUCAACCACAGUGGCUCUCACAAGAUGAACAACGCUCUUGCUCAAGCCAUGAUUGCUAAGCGCAUGGGCUGCAAAAGCGUCGUCACCGCCACUGGCUCUGGACAACAUGGCCUUGCAACAGCUGCAGCUUGCGCAAAACUUGCUUUGGACUGCACCGUCUUCAUGGCCGACAAAGACAUCCACAGACAAUAUUCAAAUGUGAGGUUGAUCAAGUUGUUGGGAGCUCAGGUUGAAGCAGUAGAUGGAGGGUUCACAGAUGCAGCAUCAGAGGCGUUUCGGUAUUGGGUAGGGGAUUUGGAAAACAGGUACCACUUGAGUGGCUCAGCGGUGGGACCACACCCGUGUCCAACCAUGGUUCGGGAGUUUCAGUCAGUGAUAGGGAAAGAAACGAGGAUGCAAGCAUUGGAAAAAUGGGGUGGGAAGCCAGAUGUUCUUGUUGCCAGCGUAGGGACUGGGUCAAACGCUUUGGGUCUGUUUCAUGAGUUUAUAGCAGACAAAGAUGUGAGGUUCGUUGGAGUUGAGGCUGGGGGUUUGGGCUUGGAGAGUGGAAAGCAUUCUUCAACGUUGACCACAGGAGAAGUGGGUGCGUACCAUGGAGCCAUCAGCUAUUUACUGCAGGACCAAGAUGGUCAAAUUAUUCAUCCACAUUCCAUCGCUGCUGGGAUGGAGUAUCCAGGAGUUGGUCCAGAGUUAAGCUUCCUUAAAGAAAGCGGGCGUGCGGAAUUCUGCGUUGCAAAUGAUGAAGAGGCUCUUGAUGCGUACCAAAGACUAUGCAAAUUAGAGGGCAUAUUUCCCUCUUUGGAGGCCGCACAUGCAUUGGCUAUCUUAGAUAAAUUGGUCCCUACUCUAUGCAAUGGUACUAAGGUUGUUGUGAAUUGUAGUGGGCGAGGAGAUAAGGAUGCAGCAAUAGUCUUCAAUCGGGGAAUAUAUAUUUGACAAGGAAUAACAAAGAUGGAUGAAGACCUGUGUUAAAUAACGAUUUGACCUAGCUUACGAUGAAUACUAUAAAUGCUAUAUAUAAAUAAAAACUACACGAUUCAUACGUUGUUAAAGGCUAGGAAGUGGCCUCGGUAAAUAAUUAUUUUCACCGUCAUUAACUAUCAUCAGAUAUUUAUUCAUGUUACUGUGAAAAAGGGAUUAAAGGAAAGUAUUAAACUCUUUAGAGAGAUUUGUGUAAGAAGAUAUUCAGUGACAAAUCUUUAUCUUGUAAAAAGAAAGAAAUGAUAAUGAAAAUAUUCAAUUAUUGUUCAAGGACCCAA